AUGAAUUUGCUUUGGAUCACCCUUUGCAGCACCUUCUUCUCCCUUGUAAAGGGGCUCCCUACUCUUACAGAGAGAAAACCUGUUAGGAUUCCUCUCCAAGCAUCCUACAUGGAACUGAGGGCUCCAACUACUUUUCAUGCGAACAGACAAUCCCAGAGUAUGAAAUAUCCACUCUACAUGAUGCAGCUUUACAAGACCCUCAUAAUGGGAAAUGAUUUAAACCUACCUAUUCUAGAACGUCCUGUCCUUCAGGAGUCUGAUGCUGUUGUAAGCCUGAUUGCAAAAGGAUUCACCCAAGUUGACAAUCACUGGACACUUUCCUUCGAUAUGUCUUCAAUAUCAAGCAACACUGACCUGAAGUUGGCUGAACUAAGAAUUCAUCUGCCAGCAUUUCAGAGUUCAACAGUUGCAACAGUGGACAUUUACCAUAGCAAGGACGGGGAGGGACGCGUUUUUCUAGGGUCAUUUAACACCAACCCUUCUGCUACUCUGGGUUCCUGGAAAGUAUUCAACCUCACCAAGAUGCUACAAUAUUAUCUUCACCAAGAAGAACAUUUCCCUAAUGGGGAAUAUAUAAAGGCUGAAGACAUGCCAGAGAAAAACCUAGCAACAUUCAAUGUAGCAGAAGUAAAUGAGCAACAGAAUACAGAUUUCACCCAUAACACUUACUUAGCUUCUGAGAAAGUUAUGUUUGUUGUUUUUGCUAAGGACAAACACUCUGACAAUCUCUCAGACUCUAACAGCCUUAUUAAGAUGGUCGAGACUUCCAAGUAUGUCAGUGCAGAGAACCUUAUAUCAAUAUCUGUUGUUAGGAGACAAAGAAGAAACAGACUGGAGCAGCAACACAGCAUCAUGUUGAACAAUAUUUAUUCUAGACCAGUGGAUGGUGGGAAACCUCUGUGCAGAAGGGUGGAUAUGAUUGUUGACUUUGAAAAGAUUGGAUGGGGUGACCAGAUUAUUUAUCCCAAGAAAUUCAAUGCCUACAGGUGUGAGGGAGAUUGUCCUAUCCCACUGAAUGAAGAGUUCAAACCUACAAACCACGCCUAUAUAAAGAGUCUACUCAAACUGUAUGACAAUGACCGUGCUGGAUGUAUUUCAUGCGUCCCCAUAAAGAUGAGAGCCUUGUCUUUGCUACACUAUGAAGAUGAAAGAGCCGUUCUUAAACACCAUGAGGACAUGAUUGUUGAAGAAUGUGGAUGCCGCUAA